AUGGACACACUCACAUUGUUAGACGCGAAAAACAAGCGUGCACACAUAAGAGCGGCAGCCACAAGGCUAAAAACCUUUAUCGACAAUUUCGAUGUGGACAACGGUUCGCGACAUGAUCUAACUGAGCGCAGGCAAAAAUUGUCAGAUUUAUGGAAUCAAUUUGAGGCAGUUCAGUGUCGUAUAGAAAUGCUCGAGAACGCAGAUCCCUUGAUCACCGACAAAACAGCUCUUCACGAUCAGCAAGUUCUACAGCGGGACAGUUUUGAAAGUCCGUAUUUUCAAUUAAUGUCUCGUUACACCACUCUCAUCGAGCGGAAGGAGAGUAAUUUAUCGCAUUCAAUUUCUUCCAAUGUUAAUGAGCAUGCGGUUAAUUCAAGGGAAACGCGUAUCAAAUUGCCAAAAAUAGAGUUACCAGUGUUCACAGGUGCGUACGAGGACUGGUUUUCAUACAGAGAUGUUUUUGAAAAGUUAAUACAUUUGAAUGAAGGCUUAUCGGAAAUCGAAAAAUUUCACUACCUGAGAUCCUCGUUGAAGGACAAUGCCGCUGAGAUAGUCAAAUCGAUAGAGACCACUGCAGCCAAUUAUCAAGACGCAUGGGAAGCUAUUAAAGAGCGCUUUGACAAUCAAAGAUGGCUCGUUCAAAGGCACAUUCGCGCCUUAUUUGAAAUACCAGCUGCACUCAAAAGGCCAACCGAGUAUUGGGAUGACCUCAUCGUUCAUCUCAUCAUUUCCAAGUUGGAUGUCGCCACAGGCAAAGCGUGGGAAUUAAGUAUCAAGGGAAAAGAUCUUCCAGACUUAAAGAGUUUAAUAGAAUUCUUGACACUCAGAUGUCAGGCUUUGGAAGCAGUACAUAAUAGAUCUUGCAAUAGCUCAACAAGCGGCGUCACGCAAAAACAUAGCAGCGGUUCAAAAUCCACACUCGUUGCUAAUGUAGCCACAUCCAAUCUUUCAUGUUCCGUAUGUAAAGAAAAUCAUUCGAUAUAUCAUUGUAAAGAAUUUUUAAAUUUAUCAGUUGAAAAUAGAAUCAAGGCCGCAAAAAAGGCGCACUUAUGUCUUAACUGCUUGAGAUCAACCACACAUCAAUCUAAAGCAUGUACUUCAAGUAAUUGUCGAAAAUGCAGUAAAAAACAUAACACAUUGUUACACUUGGAUAUUUCGAAUCGUUCUGAUCAAGCAGAAUCAAGCACACAAUUGUCAAGUCAAGAUACCAAACCCCUGCUCCCCGUCGCCACCCAAUGUACGUCAGGUCAGCACUCCUCAAACAUUUUGUUAUCAACCGCAAUUAUUAACGUAUAUGAUUCAAAUAAGCAAAUUCACACUUGUCGAGCAUUGCUUGACAGCGGUUCUCAAAUGAAUUUCAUAGCACAAGAGUUGUCUGAUCAAUUGAAACUCGAGGAGCGACCUCUCAACAUUAUGAUGGCGGGAGUAAUGGAUGGAGUGAUUCAUGCAAACAAAAUAGUCAGCCUUUGCGUCAAAUCGCGUUUCAAUAACUUUUGCGAAGAAAUAGAUUGCGUAGUACUUCCAAAGAUAACACAACACUUACCGCAACGUUUCAUACCCAUGCAAGACGUGUCUGUUCCUAAAUGCAUAAAACUUGCAGAUCCCAAUUUUAACGUGCCGGCUAGCAUUGAUCUUUUAAUAGGAGCAGAAUUAUUUUGGAGGCUCGUUUGCGCCGGUCAGAUUAAGCAAUCAAAAAAUAUGCCCAUAUUUCAAAAGACACAUUUUGGAUGGGUAGUUUCCGGUGUUACACCAAUUGACAUAAUCAAGCCUGUCCCUUCUCUCAGUUUUCACUUAACUUCACUUGAUGAAUUAAGACUCACGUUAAAUCAGUUUUGGGAAGUGGAACAUAACAAUGUUGCCAAACCUUUCUCCCCGGAGGAGAAGGCCUGUGAAGAAUCUUUCUUGCAAAACACAAGACGCAAUGAGGAAGGACGUUUCAUCGUCAAGCUACCAAUAAAACAAGACAAAUUAAAUGAAUUGGGAUUAUCCAAAGACAACGCUCUAAAGCGUUUCAAAUCAUUGGAGAGGCGACUCAUCUCUCAACCCGAGAUGUACGAUCAAUACAGGAAGUUCAUGAAUGAAUACAUACAAUUGAACCACAUGAAGGAGGUGAACGAUAACGCUAUCGUCAGUUCCAGUUCUCCAGUUUUCUAUCUUCCACACCACGCUGUUAAAAAUGAAGCGAGUUCUACCACAAAGUUUCGGGUGGUGUUUGAUGCCUCGUGCAAAUCCACAUCUGGUCUCUCUUUGAACGACACGUUAAUGGUGGGACCUACACUACAGCAAGAUCUCUUUUCAAUUCUGAUUAGAUUCAGAACAUUCAAAGUAGCGAUCACCGCCGAUAUAACAAAAAUGUAUCGGCAGGUGUUGGUCGAUUCAAAUCAAACAGCAUUGCAACGCAUUCUCUGGCGAGAAUCGCCGGACGUACCUAUUAAAACCUUUGAGUUACUCACUGUUACAUAUGGUCUAGCCUCAGCAUCAUACUUGGCCAUCAGAACUCUUAGGAAGUUAGCAGAAGAUAAUGAAAAUCAUCAUCCAAAGGCUUCACAGAUAGCAUUACGGGAUUUUUACGUAGAUGAUCUCGUUACAGGAGCUGACUCACCAGAGGAAGCCCUGCUCAUUAAGAAAGAGAUCACUUUGCUACUUCAAAAGGGAGGAUUCGAAAUCAGGAAGUGGGCAUCAAAUAUUCAAGCCCUUCAGGAUCAGAAUUUUUCCGUCAACCCAAAAGAAUUUGGUUUAUCUCCUGAUAAAACCACUGAGAAAAGAACACUAGGCAUCACAUGGGAUUGCCACACCGAUGAAUUCAAAUGUUCAUCCAUUAAUCACUUACCUCCUCUUGACGUUCCUACCAAGCGACGCGUAUUGUCGCGAAUAGCUCUCAUUUAUGAUCCAUUGGGUCUGGUGGGUCCGGUCACGUUACUUGCCAAGAUCAUCAUGCAAGAACUCUGGCGAUUAAAGCUUGAAUGGGACGAAGCAAUUCCUCUAGACUUAUAUACCAAGUGGAAGCGUUUUGAAGCCGAGUUGCAUGAAUUAGAUAAGCUACGCAUACCUCGGCUUGUCACUGCUACAGAACAACAUAGUCGGCUAGAGCUGCACGGGUUUGCCGAUGCCAGCGAAAAUGCUUAUGGGGCAUGCAUCUAUUUGUGCUCCACUUCAAUUAACGAUGAGCGCUGCACCCGCUUACUCUGCUCUAAAUCCAGAGUGGCGCCAUUAAAAAGUUUAUCACUUCCUCGCCUCGAGUUAUGUGGGGCAGUACUACUAGCCCAACUCAUCAACAAGGUAUCAAAAUGUCAUACCUGUCAAAUUUCCUCCAUUUAUCUAUGGACGGAUUCUACAAUUGUGCUGUCGUGGCUACAAUCAUGCAGUCGUUCGUGGUCAAUCUUCGUAGCACACCGGGUUGGUGAAAUACAAGAAUUAACCUCAAUUCAUCAGUGGAAUCACAUACGAAGCGAAGACAAUCCAGCUGAUGUAUUGUCGCGGGGAGUCAUGCCGGGAUCACUAUCCCAAAUGAAGAUAUGGUGGUCAGGGCCUUCCUGGUUGGAACUUGACAAGGAAAGUUGGCCUCAAGGAGCUCCUCCAGCAAAUGAAACUGACCUUCCCGAACGAAAGGCUAAAACCAUCACCGUAGCGGCAGUUGUCACGUCAGAACCUGACAUAUUCUAUCUAUAUUCCAACUUCACUAAACUCAUUCGAGUAGUGGCAUACAUGUUUCGCUUCACAGAAGGAGCACGCAGAUCGAAGAUUGCAUCCGACCAAUGCCAAGAGGUCGCAUAUCCACAAAAUAAACCUAUUAAAGGUAUAACGUUCGACGAACAACAACGAGUCAUUCAUCAUUUAGUAAAGAUAAUCCAAUUGAAACAUUUUUCAAGAGAAAUGCAGGCACUUGACAACCAUAAGGCCAUUCCCACAAACAGUCCUAUUUUAAAAUUAAAUCCAUUCCUCGACAGUUCCGGCUUUCUACGCGUAGGGGGUCGGUUGAGGAAAUCUUCCCUGCCCUAUACAUCCAAGCAUCCACUGUUGUUACCAGGGAAUCAUCCAUUUUCCUAUUUAAUUGUGGUUCACGAACACGAGAAGCAUUUUCAUGCUGGACCACAAGCCACUUUAGCCGCAGUUCGUCAAUGCUACUGGCUCAUUUCUGCACCUACUUUUACUUUGUUGAAAGAUGAUCCUUUCAAGGCCGGCGGCAUGUUAGCUCCUAAUGCUAAUACACGUUUUGCAUAUUUCGUUUACCAACCAUUCGCGUGGUCUUACCGACCUGCCUCACAACUUGCGCGCGCUUCCGUGGCGCUACUAGGAACUAUUGGGCCUUGCGUGCGGCUCUCGUGUUGGCCGUUGCCUUUUCGUAUCAAGAAGUUAGUUACGUUUUGUACGCCAGAGGAUGGUUAA